UUAAACCUUAAUGCCUGGCACCUUGCUUUAAUUCCACUUAUCAAACUAGAAGACAUCCAACAAACAUUUUGUUUGACUGAUCUGUCAAUUCACUAAAGCUUGCCACCAUGUUCACAUCUCCUCCAGGCUACCAGCCCGUCUACGGCCCCAGCAUCCCUUACAUAGGGCCUAUCUAUGGAGGGCUGAGGGCAGGAAUGUCUCUGUACAUUCAGGGGUCUAUUCCUCAUCAUAUGAAAAGAUUUAAUGUGAACUUGCAGUGUGGUGAGUUUGAGGGAUGUGACAUCGCGUUCCAUUUCAACCCUCGGUUUGAUGGCUGGGAUAAGGUGAUCUUCAACACAUUCCAAAAUGGGGAGUGGGAAGGACAGGAGAAGAUCCAUGAGAUGCCCUUCUCUAAGGGCGAGGCCUUUGAGAUGGUCAUUGUGGUCACUUCUGAGGGCUACCAGGUAAAUGUCAACGGGAAGCAAUUCUACAUGUACCAGCACCGCAUGCCUCUGGACAGAGUAUCUGCUCUGAGUAUUGCUGGUGAAGUGACCAUUCAGACCAUCAACAUCAUAGGGGGAGGAUAUCCAGGGGGUGGCAUGGGCGGUGGAUAUCCUGGAGGUGAAGGGGGAUGCUACCCCGGCGGAGGCAUGGGAGGAGGUGGAAUGGGUUACCCAGGGGGAAAUCUGCCGGUUAUGGGAAUGGAACCCAUCUACAACCCACCUUUACCAUACUCUAAUAUGAUCCCUGGAGGAAUGUCUCCCAAAAGGACCAUCAUCAUAAGGGGCAUGCUACCCUAUGGAGCCAACAGGUUUUCCAUUAACUUCAGGGUUGGAUUCUCGCGGGACAUCGCCUUUCACAUAAACCCCAGACUUGACGAGGGGAUAGUUGUGCGGAACAGUCAAAUUGGUGGCUCUUGGGGACAGGAAGAACGCGAGCUCAGUUUCAACCCUUUCCAGGAGGGACAAUACUUUGACAUCUCCAUACGCUGUGGUAACCAGAAAUUUAAGGUGUUCGUCAAUGGACAGCAUAUGUGCAACUUUUUCCAUCGUGUCCAGCCCUUCACACAAAUUGAUCUACUUGAAAUAGAAGGAGAGGCACAGCUUUCCUAUAUACACUUCUGAAAAUAUCAGCAUCCUAUGUACCAGCAUUCAGUUACAAGCUCACAUGACAUUAUAGAUCUAGCACUGUUGUGCAUGUAAACUACUUUAUUUUAAAUAAACUCCAAGGAAAUGAUCAUGUAGAUCACUGUAUGAGUGAUCACUGUAUGUGAGUUCAUUAUACAAAAUAAACAAUAAAAACAGUG